AUGAGUAUGUUCUGUUCUGCUUCAAUACAAGAAAAAUCAAUACAGAAUGUAGAAGAUCCUGAGUUUAUAGCUCAGCAAGACAUUUUAGCAGCUACUGUCAACAACAGCCAUACUGAUCCAUUAUCUAAAGAAGCCAUGAUUAUGCAAUGCCGUUAUUACUAUCGAAAGGACAAAAUGGAGCAGUACAAAAUUGAUGAAUUUGAGAAAACUUACACUUCACAAGAUGCACUGCAUUGGUAUACUAAAGACUCAUUCGCGUAUCGCCUUUUGAACAAGGCGCUGAGAACACGAAAUACCGAAGUCAUUCAUGCCUUUCGUUUUUUCAUCGUUGAUCUUCAUCAACAAAUUCGUGAAUUGCAUUGGAAACAGAUGCAAGGAAAAGAUGCAAGAGUAACAACGCUUUAUCGAGGACAAUUGUUACCAAAAGACGAGUUAGAAGAACUCAAGAAACAAACCGGUAAAAAAAUCACUAUGAAUGGCUUCUUAUCGACAUCUUCAUCAUCGUCAAUAGCUUUGCUCUACAGUGGCGAAGGACAACAACGUCCAUUUUAUGAAUCAGUCUUCUUUCAAAUUGAUCUUCCAUCUUCUGAUAAGCAUCCAGCGAUGCCAUAUUGCAAUAUAGCGCACCUAAGCAAAUUCAAAGGGGAGCACGAAUAUUUAUUCAAAUUCAGAGCUAUCUUUGAAGUUGUAUCGGUAGAAAAGCCCACUGAAGAGAUCUGCUAUAAUGCACUUAAAAGUAAUUAUUUUCGAUAUUUGGUGUAUCGAAGAGAAUCAUCAGCGGCCGAUAUGCAAUGGACGACAAUUGAAAGAUGGCGUCAAAGUAGUAUUCCAAUUGGAUGGUUUGUUGAUAAAAAAUCAAUGAAUAAUGUAGAAAUAAAUACAUUUUCUGAAGCUUUAACAGCAGCGAUGAAUUUAACUGAUUCAUUUUCAUGGCCAAUAGAUCAAUAUUCUUUUCAAUCACUUCAUGAAAAUGUUAAUGAUGUUAAUAUUUAUUCAAGUGUUCAUCGAAUUUGUAAUCGAUUAGAAUCCGGUGCAAUUGGUACAAUAUCAAAUAUUGAUAAUCCUAAAACUCGUUUACUUGAAUUAUUUAUGAAACGUUUACAUAUAUCAAUGAUAUCAUUAAAUUAUUUCAAUUAUAAUAAACAAGAAUCAAGUUUAAUAAAUAAAUUCUAUCAUUUAACAAUGAAAAUUGAUCUUCUACCUGCGUUAGCAGCAUUUAUAAGACGUUAUAAAGUAACAAAAUUAUUUUAUAUUAUCGAAGGUGAUGAAGCAUUUGAACGUUAUCAAGCAAUGAUGGUUGCACAAGCACGAGAAAAAAGUUAUGAUAUUUUAGAUAUUCAAGGUCGUCAAUUAAUUGAUAAUACAAAUUCUAAUCAUACAAAAAAUUUAUUACAAAGUGUAGAAAUAAAUGAUCGUGGUACAAAAGAAGAACGUUAUAUUGUACUUGAUUUGAUUGAUAUUCAAAGUUAUAUUAAAUUAUUGAUGCAAAUUCGACAUCAAGGAAUGACAACACCACAUUAUCAUUAUAUUCUAAUGACACUUGAAGCUGAUCGAAUCGAUAUGCGUGCUUUUCGAUAUGGUGGUGUUAAUGUAACAUAUUUUUUACCAAAAUCAGCUUUUAAAAUGAAUUCAUCAGUGAAUUCAUCGAUAACUGAUCGAUUGAGUUUACCAUCGUUCGAAAAGAAAACAUUAGCAGAUGCUUUAUAUUUAUACAUGCAAGCAAUAAUGUUUUUAGAUGAACGAACUCGUGCUAAAAUUGUUGAUUCUGAUUCGACGGAUGAUAAUUUUGAUCAUUUAAAAAUCGAAUGUCGAGCGAAAGGAAGACAACGAUCACAUGAACCAUUUGGUGAAAAGUUAUUUUCUAUAAUGCAAUCCCUUUCAUUUGAUGGAUAUUCCGGCCAUGUAGCAUUUAAUGAAUAUGGUGAACGUAUUAAUUAUACUUUAAAUGUUUAUCAAGUUACAAUGAAUAAAUUACCAAGAAAUAUGGGCAAUUUUACACAUGAUGAUUUUCAUUUUGAUGAUCUUAGAAUAUUUGAAGGCCGUCAAGCACAUGAUUUUGAUAAAGCAAAAGAACGUAUAAUUUCAACAAUUCUUGACGAACCAUUUACAAUGUUAAAUUUAAGUGUUAUUGGAAAUGUUAGUGCAGCAGAUGCAGCUGGUCAAUAUUAUACCUUUGAUCAAUUAUAUGGUUAUUGUGUUGAUUUAGCUCGGUUAAUAUGUGAAGAAAAACUUGAAAUUCCAUGUAAAUUUCGUAUUGUAAAAGAUAAUUCAUUUGGUAAUAAACCACCAAAUGAUCAACCAUGGACUGGAAUGAUUGGAGAAUUAGUACGACAUGAAGUUGAUCUUGCUAUUGCACCAUUAACAAUAACAAGUCAACGAGAAAGUGUUGUUGAUUUUAGUAAACCAUGGAUGAAUCUUGGAAUCAGUAUUUUAAUUAGUAAACCAGAAAAAACUAAGCCAGGUGUAUUUUCAUUUAUGGCACCAUUAUCAAAAGAAAUUUGGAUGUGUGUUACAUUUGCAUAUAUUGGUGUUAGUGUCAUACUAUUUCUUGUUUCACGUUUUUCACCCUAUGAAUGGAGUAUGGAAGAUGAAGAAACAUUUCAAUUAUCAAAUAAAUUUUCAAUUUUAAAUACACUCUUCUUUGCCUUAGCAGCUUUUAUGCAACAAGGUGUAGAUUUUAUACCAAGAUCAAUAUCAGGUCGAUUAGUUGCAGGUGUAUGGUGGUAUUUUUCAAUGAUUCUUGUAUCAUCAUAUACUGCUAAUUUGGCUGCUUUUUUAACUGUGGAACGUAUGGUUACACCAAUUGAAAGUGUAGAAGAUCUUGCUAGACAAACAGAAAUAAGAUAUGGUAUUGUUCGUGGUGGAUCAACACAAACAUUUUUUGAAAAAUCGGAUGUAAAACUUUUUCAACGUAUGUGGACAUAUAUGCAACAAGGUGAUGAUGUUUUUGUUCCUAAUAAUGAAGAAGGUAUCAAUAAAGUUCGAAAAUCGAAAGGAAAAUAUGCAUUUUUACUUGAAUCAACUAAAAAUGAAUAUACAAAUGAACGUUCUCCUUGUGAUACAAUGAAAAUUGGUUCAAAUUUAGAUUCCAAAGGUUAUGGAGUUGCAACACCAGUUGGUUCAGAAUUACGAGAAGCAAUUAAUAUAGCUAUACUUGAAAUGAGUGAAGAUGGUGCAUUAAAUAAUUUAAAACGAAGAUGGUGGUAUGAACGAUCCGAAUGUCAUAGUGGUACAACUAAGGAUUCUAAACAGAGUAAUGCACUUAAUUUAGUUAAUGUUGCUGGUAUAUUCUAUAUAUUAAUUGUUGGUUUAACUUUGGCUAUUGUACUUGCUGUAGUAGAAUUUUUAAUUAAAGCAAAUCAAGAAGCAAAACAAACACGACAUAAUGUUUUUGAUGUUAUGAAACGAAAUAUGAGAUUAAGUAUUGCUGGUGUUGAUUUAAAUGAAGGAGCUUCAGCACAACUUCUAUGUAAAUCCCCGACACAGGAACAAUAUCAAAGUUCUGAGCAAUUAUUCGAAGAAAAUGGAGAUAUCGCUAGUGGCAGUCAUAGUCAAGUUUAA